AGGAUGAUGGCUGCCGGCCUGCCCUUUGCGCAGCAGCCCUCCUCGCCAAAAGCACGACACGCACGAAACAUCAGCACGCAGGCGGUGGCGGACGGACACGAGCUGACCAGCAGAACUCAACCUCAAAAGCGCUGCCCCUGCCCCUAUCCCCCCUCCUGCUUGACAUGCCACACAAGUAACCGGCAGAGCCUAGCCGAGCCAGCUCCCCGCCAAGCUCUUCUCGCCUUCUCUCAUCGUGGGGCGCGGCCGCCGAUCGCGGCUCACAACAAAACGGAGCUAGACAGAUGAGAGUGUCAAGAGGAUCGGACCUUCUAGUUUUAGCUGCCAGGACCAGGAGGUGUGGUCGGGGGCGGUGAGGUGAAGGGAUGGUGGCGCGGGGAACGGAAGCGGAGGCGGCGGAGGAGGCGCGGUGGGAGGGGGAGGCGGAGAUCGACUACGUGUUCAAGGUGGUGGUGGUGGGGGACUCGGCGGUGGGGAAGACGCAGCUGCUGGCGCGCUUCACGCGGGACGAGUUCGCGCUCGACUCCAAGUCCACCAUCGGGGUGGAGUUCCAGGCGCGCACCCUCACGCUCCACCGCAAGCGCGUCAAGGCGCAGAUCUGGGACACCGCCGGACAGGAGAGGUACAGGGCGGUGACGAGCGCCUACUACCGCGGCGCGCUGGGCGCCAUGGUGGUGUACGACGUGACCCGGCGCGCCACGUUCGAGCACGUCCCGCGGUGGGUGGAGGAGCUCCGCGCGCACGCCGACGGCUCCACCGUCGUGGCGCUCAUCGGGAACAAGGCCGACAUGCCCGCGGCGCGGCGCGAGGUGGCGGCCGACGAGGCCGCGCGCCUCGCCGAGGAGCAGGGGCUCUUCUUCUCCGAGGCGUCCGCGCUCACGGGGGACAACGUGGAGCGCGCUUUCCUCACGCUCCUCGAGGAGGUCUUCGCCGUCGUCUCGCGCAGGGCGCUGGAGCUCGACGAGGCACGCCGGAUGCGCGGCGAGCAGGGCGAUGGCGGCGAGGUGCUGUCGCUCAAGGGGACCACGGUGGACCUGGGCUCCAUCACGGAGACCAGCGCCAUGAAGAGGAGCUCGCAGUGCGCCUGCUCGUGAUGGCGUUUUCAGUUCAGAUGUAGGAGUUCUUUCAAAACUACUGUAUUUUUUUAAGAACUUCGCAUUUACAAAUCACAGAUCAUUACACAAUUGGUGUUUUAGGCAUGUUACCUUGUAAAGCCCGUAAGUAUGAGACGUUUGAUUGUAUCUGAUCAAUCUUUAACCGAUCAAUUGUUUUGGUUUCGAAGUUCCCAAGCAAGGAGGCAGAUUUAUACCAUUAAACACUGUUUUUUCACAAGUA